CGACCGACCCAAGCGCAGCACUCAGCAGCAGCCUUUUAUCAAGUCAAGGACGGAGCCAAUCCUCCUCCUCCUCCUCCGCCUGCUCCUCCUCCUAGGGUUCCACUGGUUCCAGUCCAAUCUUAUUUACCUGUUCUCUCACAAGCUUCUCCUGCUGAUCGUCGUUUCUCAUGGAGUCUCCAACGAUGGACGAAACUAAGAAUUCUGAAGCGCAUUUGACAUCAGCUGCAGCUUUUGUCAAAGGUGGAAUCCAGGAUGCUUGUGAUGACGCUUGCAGUAUAUGUCUUGAAAACUUCUGUGACAGUGAUCCUUCAACGAUGACCAGUUGCAAACAUGAGUUUCAUCUGCAGUGCGUUCUUGAAUGGUGUCAGAGAAGCUCCCAAUGCCCCAUGUGUUGGCAACCUGUUAGUCUGAAGGAUCCAACCAGUCAGGAGUUGCUCGAAGCAGUAGAACAAGAGAGAAGUUUUAGACUUAAUCCAGUUAGAAACUCAACAAUAUUUCGCCAUCCCACUUUUGGUGACUUUGAGUUACAGCAUCUGCCAGCUGGUGCUGAUGAUGCUGACCUUGAAGAGCGUAUACUCCAACACCUAGCUGCUGCAGCUGCCAUGGGACAAGCUCGCCAUAGUGCUAGAAGGGAAGGCCACAGACAUCGGUCAGGAAUUCAUGGCCGUCCCCAAUUGUUGGUGUUUUCUUCCCCUCCUAAUUCUUCAUCGACCUCUCCACUUCCUCGUGACAAUCGGGAAGGUGAAGCAGCCUCAAGAAUCAUGGUAGCUACUGUAUCACCACCUCAACCUGCUGGAGAAGAGUCUCCACAACUCAAUGCUUCAGCAUCUCCCGUGCAAACUGAUCAGUCUUCUCCAUCAGCACCUCAAUACAGUUCACGUUCUGCCAGCCAACUUGGAUCUCCUUCGAGCGAUAGCUACAUGGAAUUUAUCGGUCAUGUAUUAAUAUUAUUGUCCCACACCGUUCUUAGGAGAUCCACCAGUCAACCAGUGCCAAGUAGUCAAGAUAGAGCCGGGCCAUCAUCAGAAUUGCAAUCACUCUCGGAUUCACUGAAGUCUCGAUUUAAUGCAAUGUCAAUGAGAUACAAAGAUUCAAUCGCAAAGAGCACACGAGGCUGGAAGGAGAAAUUGUUCUCUCGCAAUACUUCAAUGUCAGAUAUUGGCUCUGAGGUUAGAAGAGAGGUUAAUGUUGGAAUAGCAACGGUAUCACGCAUGAUGGAACGUCUUGAAACAAGAGAUGCUAGAAAAAGUAGCAGUCCUGAGUCCAGUAAUGUAGGGGAUAACAACCCAGUUUCGGAAUCAAAUGAUAGACGGACACCAAAGAAUGGAGGAAACAAUCCUUUGAGCGUCUCAAAUAAAGAAGGUUCAUGCCCUGCAGAAUCCAGUUCAAGUUGAACAUUCUCAGAAUUGGCUUCACUCAAAGGCCAUCUUAUAAGAGGUGAAUACUGCAAUUGAUUGUUUCCUUCUUCCAUACUACAAGAAAUAGCCUGUAGUAGACUGAAGUUUUAAAAAAAAUGGAAAAAAAAAAAGAAAAAAGAAAGGGGAA